GUGCCGUCCGUCGCCUCUCACCACCAUCAUCCCUCAGCAGCAGCCGCCAGCGCCCGUGCUCCCUCGGAGCCCUGCGCCUGUUGGCGCCGCCCAGCAGCAGCAGUCUGAGUCCUCACGCUUCGGGGCGCAUCGACGAGAGUGCAGCCCAGACCGCCGCAGCCCCUGCCUCACACGUCCUUGCUGGCCCACAGGCCAGCCAGGCAGCCUGGCGCCCCAUCCAAGCAUCGGCGCCCGCCGCUGCGUCCUCGCUCUUUCGCUCUUCGGCCGCCGUCGCCCGGGGCCAUGCCUGCGUCGCAUCAGUCUCAGCCGUCGUCGGUGCGCGGCGCCGCGGCGGCGCAGCAGGGGGCGGCAACGCUGCGCCCUGCCUCCUCCUCUGCAUCCACCCUCCACGCCGCUGCGGCGGGCGCAGCGGCAGCGCAGCAGCUGCCUCGCUCGCCGACGCCGCGCACUGCGUCGCCGUCGGCGCGUGGCGGGAGCAGCAAGGCGGCACCUGGCAGCAGCGGCAGCAGCCGCUCGACGACGCUGCACACGCCGCACGCUCCGCCGCCGCCACCGCAGCAGCAGCAGCAGCGUGCCGCCGCUGCGCCUUCCGGCUCGCGAUCCUCCUCGCCGGCACCGACGACAUACCGCUAUGCACUCGGCCCUGCGCCCGUGCGCUUUCCCUCUGCCCAGCCCGCCGCCGCCGCGGCCGCGGCUGAGGAGCAUCGGGAGGUGCGCAGCCGCAGUCGGAGCGCAGCGGGUGGCGCCGGCCCCUCUGUAGCGCCCGCCCAGCGCAGCAGCGGCAAGCUCGGCAGCUCGUCGUCGCAUCAUCUCGAGGCCGUCGAGGCCGGCGCGAGCUCGCGUGUCCGCACGCAGUCGUCGCCGUCGCCCUCGCCACUCUUCACCACCACGCCCUUGCCCACGUCUGCCUCCUCCGCUUCGCUCGCUGCCCGCCCUCCUCACGAUCCUCACGCCUCUGCAACAACAAACGAAGCCACUCCUCUGCUGCGUCCGCCGCUGCGCUUCGGCUCCCGUCCAAACUCGCAAGUCUUCACCUCCUUUCCCUUUCCCCAUCCCACCGCCACGCCCCCACUGGCUGCGGCCGGACAGCGCAGCUGGCUGUCGCGCCUCUGGAGUCGACGCGGCAGCUCAUCAGUUGCUCCCGAGCCCGACGCCGCGAUCGCGACGCCCCACUCCAUCAAGCCCUGCGCCGCCGCGGCGGAUCCAGAGGAUCCGUACGGCUAUCGCGCCCUCGCAGGCCCCGCAUUGCUGCCCGCAUUCCACGCGCCCCGCCUGGCGCUGGCACGCGAAGGCAUCUCGCUGCGCGCAGGCAGACGCCUGGCGUGCGGCCUGGCAGCCGCCGGCGUGCUCGUGCUGCUGCUGGGCUAUGCUUUCACGAUGGCGGGCGUCAUCUUGCAGGGCGCUCACUGGCCUGGCUUGGGCGAAGGCCUCGCUGCCGCCGCCGGGUGAUAGCUCCGUUGCCCCCUCUUCCCCCC